CCACAGAUAUUACAUGUAAAAUUCUGCUUCCUUCUUUACAUUUUUACCUUCCUUUGUAUUAAAUCCUUAGGGAACACCGACUGUCAAACAUUGCACUCAGAGCAAGGGGUUAUGUUGUCUGGUGUCUACACGAUUCGUACCAAAGGAUACGAUGAUCACUCUGUUUACUGUGACAUGACGACGGAAGGAGGAGGAUGGACGGUAAUACUGAAACGGACGGACGGAUCUGUGGAUUUUGCCAAGAAUUGGGAUGCCUACAAAAAUGGAUUCGGAGAUGCAUCAUCCGAAUAUUGGAUUGGGAACGAGAUGAUACAUCAUCUGACGAAGCAGAAUCUCCCCGCCAUGUUGUAUGUAAUGAUCACCCACGUGAAUGGUACUACCUUCUAUCAAAUAUACCACCAGUUUUCCGUAUCUAGUGAAAAAGAUGGCUACCAACUGUCUAUAGGGGAGACCACGGGAACUCUAGGAGAUUCCAUAAUGCCAACUGGAAACCUAAAGCAGAAUUUGAAAGGAAUGAUGUUUAGCACCGCCGAAAAAGACCAAGAUCGAUAUGAUGUGGGCAACUGUGCCAAACUCUACAAGGGAGGCUGGUGGUUCAAUGCAUGCCAUUACGCUUUCCUGACAGGUCCCUUUGGGUCUGACGGCUGGUUCAAACCUUGGUACCCGGUAUUUACACAUGGACACCAAAUCCAAGCUGUAAUCAUGAUGACAAAGAGAAAGUAAAAGCGGAACAACGUUGACAAAGAGAAAGUAAGCGUGGUUACUACGGUGACAAAGAGAAAGUAAGAUUGGUAACGUCACAAAGAACAGUAAGUGUGGUAAUUGUGACAUCACAAGAAGAAACUAAUAGUGAUUCUCGGAAAUCCCCGCAGCUGUAUUUUUCGUGUUCACUCAACACGCGUAGAUUUCGAAAAAAAAAUAAAUAUGGAAUUUGAUGACUUUCAGAGUGACACCACAUUAGAAAAUAAUACGCCAGACGUUCCUGUAUUUUCUUCAAAUAUGAAACGUGCAUUAUGACGUCAUAUUAUUUUUAUCGUAAACCAUAAUGUGUGUGGAAAUUUAAAUCAUAAGCUUUAGGAACUCUAUUUUCAGUGGAAUCAACAGCACAAUAAAAUAUCAAUCUAAUAGCUAAAUUCAACCCAACCCCCCCACAAACAGGGAAUCUAGCGAAUAUAAUAUUUCCGAAAAAACCUAUCUCUCCAAUAUAAUAGUUUUCCGGGUCCACUACUGUCUGGAUCGGAUCUCACCAUUAUGAAA